GGUGAUGCGACUUUUCUCGCCAUCCUUCGGCCAUCGGACUGUGAUCGUAUACAGUGUGAAGUGUGAUGUGAGCAUUUACCCAAAAAUUUUCCUCCAUCCUACGCGUGCUCGGUGUCGUCAUCGUUUUUCGUCUUCGUCGGCAAUAGGCUCAUCAUCAUUGUAAUAGCCAAGCUAAAGAGUUAGCGGUUCAGUUGGUGCUUGCUUGCUUAACGUUCGCUGUUCAGCAUCAGUCAAUGUGUACGGAUAUUGCUUGAGGAUUGGGAAAAAUCUAUUGUCAGUAUUCAAUCCGUCGGUGUGUGGUGCGAAAUUUGCGAAGCAGGAAAUAAAUAACAGUUAUAGUGUAACAUCGGGUAUCACGAAGCAGAUAAGGGCCAGAUAAACAGUGUUAUUGAAAUAAGUUCUUUGGUCACCUGAGAAGAAGGCCCAAAAAUGACGAUGUUGAAGGGUGCAAAAUUAACGAUAUUCAGUUAUUUUAUGGUGGUUUAUCUCUUCUACAAUCCUACCGACAGCGGUGCGGUUCAGCUCAACAGUGAAAAUCUAGAUAUGACUUUAGCUUCUAAUGAACUAAUAUUUAUCAAUUUCUACGCUGAGUGGUGCAGGUUUAGCAACAUUCUGCAACCAAUAUUCGACGAAGCGGCUGAUAAGGUUCGGGAAGCAUUCCCGGAAGCCGGUCGCGUAGUCAUGGGUAAGGUGGACUGUGAUAAGGAAUCCACCGUUGCGAGUCGGUUCCACAUCUCCAAAUACCCGACGCUAAAGGUGAUCCGCAACGGGCAACCCACCAAGCGAGAGUACCGGGGAGCCCGAACGGUGGAGGCGUUCACCGAGUUCAUCAAAAAGCAGCUGGAAGAUCCUAUCAAGGAGUUCCACAAUCUGAAGGACCUGGAAUCGUUGGACACCAAAAAGCGGAUAGUCGUGGGGUAUUUCGAUCGACGCGACAUGCCGGAAUAUAACACGUUCCGGCGGGUGGCAAGCCACCUGAAGGAGGAUUGCGUGUUUCACGCCGGCUUCGGCGACGUCGUUGCGGCCAUGCAUCCGCCAAGUAAAAUCAAAAGAUCAUCACCAACUCUUUUUCAGAAGUUUAUUAUCGAUCAACCUUUUUCAGGUCAUCCAAUAAUUGUUUUUCGACCAGAUGUGGCUGUCACGGAUGGUAAUGACGAGGUUUUCAAAGGAGAUCUGAACAGCUUUGACGAGUUGAACAUUUGGGUGCAGGAGAAUUGCGUUCCACUGGUGCGAGAGAUCACCUUCGAGAAUGCCGAAGAGCUGACGGAGGAAGGUCUUCCGUUCUUAAUUCUGUUUCAUGCUCCGGACGAUUUUCAAUCUAUCAAAGACUACAAGGCGAUCAUCGAAAGUCAGCUGCUAUCGGAAAAACAAAACGUCAAUUUCUUAACGGCUGACGGCAAGCGGUUCGCACAUCCGCUGCACCAUCUUGGAAAAAGUCAAUCGGAUUUACCGUUGAUUGCAAUCGAUUCCUUCCGGCAUAUGUAUCUAUUCCCCAACUUCAAGGAUAUUUUUGUUCCCGGCAAAUUGAAACAAUUCCUCAAUGACCUCUACAGCGGAAAAUUGCAUCGCGAAUUCCAUUACGGACCGGAGAAGACCGACGACAACACGAUCGAAAUCGUCACCAAUCAAGAUGUGAAAAAAGGAACUACACCUCCGGAAUCGACUUUCAAACAUUUGGCACCAUCCGAUAAACGAUACACGCUGCUGAAGGACGAGCUAUAGACACGGAAGUGUUGAGUGCAACUAAUAGCGGGAUAAACGUAACCAGUAGAAUUCCUUUUGGUAACCAGUGAGAACGGUUAGCGUAUAGAACAUCUCUAUCCUUCUUUCGUCCGACUUGAUCAGCCCAGUAUCAGUUUUUUAGUUUUUUUAGGCAGCACUGCGAAUAACGUUCGGACAAUUUCGUAGCAGUUUCAAUUUGUUGCUCAUUUUCCAGUCCCCCUCCCCCCGCCUGUUCUUACUUUUCACUACGAAAACGCUGCUUUCACUGUUCGUUCAGGCUUCAGUCAACGACGCAAAUAGUAACUGUAAGAACAAAAUAUUGAUCCUAAACAAAUCAGCCCAAUAGGAUAAUGUAGUACACAUUUUGAGGACAUAAACUUAGUUUGUGGGUUACACUUGAACCAAAUGCAUGGAAAUAAUACGGAUGUUUGAAUGAAUGUGUGAAUAAAUGUUUGUGUUUGAUUUGGGAAGACCAUAGUUCUUCUCCUGGAUUGGCUGUGACUGUUUUUAGUUGUGUAUAAGCAGCGACCCUUACCCACUACCGGAUGAAGGUGAAUCGAUCGACAGACCCAGUAGUAGAAUGAAUAAGAAGUUGGGAAUUUUAAUUUCUCUCAUCGAUUAUAGAAGUCAACAAACAUACUGAAGUGAUGUAUACAGUCUUUAUUCUGUUGAUAAUUCACGUAAAGCAUUGCAUAAUAUAAAUUGAAGAAACUAAACCAUCAGCUGUACGCAUCCGGUUUGAGUAUAGG